CACUAGAGUAACCUUUCCCUUUUCUCGAAUCAAACAUGUAACAAAACGAUGAUGAUGAUAUCAUAACCAUCGCUUCUUCGCAUACAUACAUACACACGUACUACACAUCUCAUUCUCACCAUCAAAUUCACAACCAUGUCCUACGCAUCUCUCAGCGUCAAAGACCUAACAACUCUCCUCACACGAUCCGGUAGCAGCGGCUCCUCUUCUUCCCCCAAGACUCCAACUCAAACCCGACCCGUAAAAGUAAUCCCUCUCCAGCAUCCCGACACCUCAAGCAACGCUCGUCCUCCUUCCAUCCUUUUCGACGACAUCUUCUCCAGAUGGAAGGCCAAGAUCAAACGCAUGAGCCUCCUUGAUUGGGUUGAUACUCUCCUCCCUUGCUUCAGAUGGAUUCGAACUUACCGAUGGAACGAGUAUUUCAAGCUCGAUCUCAUGGCAGGUUUAACCGUUGGUAUAAUGCUUGUUCCACAAGCAAUGUCGUAUGCGAAACUAGCUGGUCUUCCACCUAUAUAUGGUUUAUAUUCAUCGCUUGGAUGGCUUAUUCGUUUCAUUAGUCACUCGGUUAUUUCUGGAUUUACAAGUGCUUCGGCUAUUGUGAUUGGAUUAUCUCAAAUUAAAUAUUUCCUCGGGUAUAGCAUUGCUAGGAGCAGCAAGAUUGUGCCACUAGUUGAGAGCAUUAUAGCUGGAGCUGAUAAGUUUCAGUGGCCACCUUUCUUGAUGGGAUCUCUCAUUCUAGUUAUCCUUCAAGUGAUGAAGCAUGUGGGGAAAGCUAAGAAGGAACUUCAGUUCUUACGUGCAGCAGCGCCACUCACAGGGAUUGUGCUUGGCACGACCAUUGCAAAAGUGUUCCAUCCACCUUCCAUCUCUCUGGUCGGAGAAAUACCUCAGGGCCUUCCAACAUUUUCUUUCCCAGGAAGUUUUGAUCAUGCAAAAACACUGCUUCCAACAUCAGCUCUCAUUACAGGUGUUGCCAUCUUGGAAUCUGUGGGAAUUGCCAAAGCACUUGCAGCAAAAAAUAGAUAUGAGUUGGAUUCAAAUUCAGAGUUGUUUGGUCUUGGUGUUGCAAAUAUAUUGGGGUCAUUAUUUUCAGCAUACCCAACUACAGGAUCCUUUUCUAGGUCUGCUGUGAAUAAUGAAAGUGAAGCUAAGACUGGCUUAUCAGGACUCAUAACAGGAAUCAUCAUUGGAUGUUCUUUACUGUUCUUGACACCAGUGUUCAAAUACAUACCACAGUGUGCUUUGGCAGCAAUAGUGAUCUCUGCUGUUAGUGGCUUGGUGGACUAUGAUGAAGCUAUAUUCCUGUGGCGUGUGGACAAGAGGGAUUUCACACUUUGGGCCAUCACUAGUACCACGACUUUGUUCUUCGGAAUAGAGAUCGGUGUCCUUGUUGGUGUUGGUUUUUCACUAGCAUUCGUUAUCCACGAGUCUGCAAACCCUCAUAUUGCUGUCUUGGGGCGUCUUCCAGGCACCACAGUGUACAGAAACGUAAAGCAGUAUCCAGAGGCUUACACAUACAACGGGAUAGUUAUAGUCCGAAUCGACUCUCCUAUUUAUUUUGCCAACAUAAGCUACAUCAAGGACAGACUACGAGAAUAUGAAUUUGUAGUUGACAAAUACACAACCCGGGGACCAGAGGUGGAUAGAAUCUCCUUUGUUAUCCUCGAAAUGUCUCCUGUAACUCACAUAGACUCCAGCGCAGUGGAGGCUUUGAAAGAGUUGUAUCAGGAGUACAAAGCAAGGGAGAUUCAGCUAGCGAUAUCAAAUCCGAACAAAGAUGUGCACAUGACAAUAGCAAGAUCAGGAAUGGUGGAGCUUGUUGGAAAAGAAUGGUACUUUGUGAGAGUACAUGACGCUGUACAGGUUUGUCUGUCUUACGUACAGAGCUCUAACUCUGAAGACAAGAAGGAACCAAGGUUCUUGAGGAGGUUCGGGAGCAACAGCAACAACAACAAUUCAUCACCACACAGUGAUAUUCAAUCCGGCAACACUUUGUUGAAGGAGGCACUGUUGUCAGGGGAAAAAUAA